GCUUGUAGUAUUGAUCUGUCUCUACCAUGAUUCUUGGCUCCUUUAUAUACCUGGCUGGCAGCAAAGUAUUUAGAAAGAACAUCGUGGGCUCAAACAUAGUUAGGCUCCCUCACUGCUCAGCCUUCUAGAAUGAACGUAGAACACGAGCUUUCGAGUCUUUGGAAGCAUGAUGGCUUGAGUGCCUGUUUGCGGGACGGGAAGCUCGCGUACCUUUUCGACAGUGUUGAAACGACGACAUGGCAGGAGCUUCGCCCGCUCAUAGGUGGAAAGCUUCUCGAAACACUGUGGAAAAGGGGGUUCCUGACUGCUCAGCCUGCCUUGGAGACCGAGACCUAAGCGCUUCGAAUAAAUGAAUGACGACUGCUUGAACACGUGACG